AUAAUAAUGCGUAAUAUGUUGAUGGUGUUAUGUGCGUUGCUGGCAGCCAGUGAGGUCUGGGCUGAUGAGGCAAACUACAUAGUGACGUCUUCGGGAUGCGGGGAGACAAAGGGAUGUUUUUCCAUACCGGAAGGCUGCACAAACAAGGAUGAUUGUGACGUAUUCGUGUCAUGGCAACAAGGUUCCGACUCCACGAUUCAGAUCGAGUUACUGGGUAGGAUGAGGAUGGAGUACGGAGACAGCUAUAUAGGAGUUGGAUUCUCCAAAGAGCAAAUGAUGAAUAACGAUGACGUUUGGGCAUGUCUGUUCUACCAGGACACGCUUCAUUUCGACCACUCUUACAACAAAGGCAAAAGCAAUGUCCCACAGCCAAUCUCAGAGGCAAGCCUAGCCAGUUUCAGCGGCAUGUACUUUGAAAACAGUAUUCAAUGUACCUUUAAUCGACCAAUGUCAGUUGACUAUGUGCCGUCAGAAGACCAAGGGGCGAAUAUAACUUUCGAUCUGAACGAUCCACACUAUUUGUUAAUUCCACGGGGACCACUCUGGUCAAUGAAUGGAUUUACAGGAAAAGGAAAACACAUGACGUUGCCAAUUAUCACUGCCAAGGCCUUGCAACUAGACGGUGUGCAGACAUACAGCGAGAUUAUGAAAAGACCAAUCAUGCUUAAAGUCCAUGCAUGUCUGAUGAUUAGUGGAUGGAUGGGUCUCGCUAGUAUUGCUAUAAUAUUUGCUAGAUAUUUCAAACUCAUUUGGCCAAACAGUAAGCUAUGCGGAGAAAAAGUCUGGUUUGCAUUUCACAGAUUCCUCAUGAUGCUAAAUUUUUGUUGUUUUAUCACUGCCUUUGUCAUCAUUUUUGUCUAUCUUGGAGGGUUUGUUCAUUAUAAGUUCACAACUCAGCCAAAAUUCAUCCAUGCUGUUUGUGGGAUAGUCACAGUAGCACUAGGAUUCCUUAACCCAAUACUGGCUUUGCUGAGACCUCAUCCUGGAACUGUUAGGCGUCCAUAUUUCAACUGGGCUCACUGGGUGGUUGGCAUGUCUGCAUACAUCCUGGCUUUGGCAUGUAUUUUUAUUGGAAUUGAUCUGGAGAAAAUGGAUCUGCCGAAAUAUACAACCUGGACUGUGGUUGGAUUUGUAGCUUUCCACGUCAUGAUGGAAGUACUAUUAAAAUUAGUAAUUGGAAUUGUAGAGGGUGCUGCUAAUAGACGUUCACGCUCACAGAAUUAUGAAAUGUCUCCAGCUGGCAGUAAUGGAGUUAAACAAGACGACCAUGAUGAACUCAAGCCCAAUCUAACAGGAUCAACAUAUGCAGUUAUACUAUUGGUUAUCCAUGUUUUCGGUGUCAUUGGUAUAGUGACGUCCCUGGUUGUAACAACUGCACUCAUGUAACGUUCUUGCAUCAUUAAUAUGUAUUAAAUGUUGUCACCAUGACAACCAACAGGGUUAAUUUUUUAUCAUUUGUACAUAAAAUCUUUUUGGUUCAGGUAUUCUACACCUUUGGGUAUAUCAUUUUUUUCUGAUUUAUUUUUAUAACUGAAUAUUAUGGUUACUAAUAGCUAUUAAACAUCUGUCACCGUAACACCAAUUAAUUUUGUGGUAUUUUAUGGGGUAUUUUCAUCCUACCAUAUUAGGAAACACGAAUUCCAAAUAUGGAACGAUUCCGCGCAUAAGCGUCCGCUAAUAAUAAGAACAAACAUGGCUGCCCCCAGGGUUUGACCGGGCCCCACACAAAGAAGUUCCCUAAAUCUCUUCAAAACAUUUUGGAUUUCGGCAUUCCCAUUAUGUAUCCCUGGGAGAAAAAGAUGUAUAAAAAUAAGGUUAUUAUGAGGAUACCGAAAAGUAUGCACUCAGACAGUACAGUAUGUUGCAUGUUAGUUGAUACUCCCACUGUACUGUCUUCGUGCGUACUUUUCGGUAUCCUUGUAAUAUGUUAUGUCACCAUUGUAUUGUCUUUUCGCAGAGUACAUUAUUAUUCUAAUUAUUAACUCAUGUAGACAUAAUAUUGCAUUUUAAUUUGAACAUCGGCAGUCUGGCCAAGGUAACAAACCAUAGUUUUCUUCAUUUAUAUUACAAAUAGUCUUGGGUUCAUCAGUGUUGCUGACACCGAUGUAUUUGUGGGUGGUUUUUACGUAUCGUAUUCAUUUGAAGAACCAUCAUCUAGACUUUGAACAGCUGGUAUGUUCAUAUCUACAUAGAUUGUUUGCGGCAACUACAGUCACUUGACAGACUAAAAUCGCAAUUAUUAUAUCAAGACAAUUUAUUAUUAACUGUAACACUAAAGAGAGGAAUAUUCGGUGUUUGUAGUAAUAUUAAUCUGUAAACAAUCAAUAAUAAAUUGUUAUUAUUAGUCUAA